CCAUGUCCAGUGACACAAUCCAUGCAAACACUCUUUUACUAAGAUGCGUAAAUGGGUGCUACGUGGUGAAUUAUUAAAUUGUGUGCUGACUAAAUCAACAACCACUUGAAUGUGUACGGUCAUUAUGAACGGAAUUACGCAUCAACUCUACUAUAUAGGCCACUUCGAGCAUGAAUAUUGAAGUGGUGCCCGGUUGAAUGUUCAUUAGUUCAAUUUGUGUUGGUAAAAGGGAACGUUGUCACACACGUGAAACAGAAGAAAAUAAAAAUGCUGAAAGUAACUUUUGUUGUCAUUUUGAACACUUUAUUGGUGCUCAGCGUCAUUUUCAUUGUGCUCAUGUUUCUCUAUCAGACUUUCAUUAAGCCAAACAAUUGUAAACCGUCAAUUACCACCGCAAAUGGGUUUGCUGCCGAACGUGACAUUUGCUCGGGUGGUUUGAUAUUCGAAGAAAAUUUUGAUAAAUUGGACAAACUUGUAUGGCGAUCUGAUGUAACACUCGGCGGAGGUGGCAAUGGAGAGUUUCAAUGGUAUGUGGACGAUACAGAAAAUGCAUUUGUAAAAAAUGGAAAAUUGCAUAUUAAACCAACGUUAACAGCAAAUCGUAUUGGCUAUGACCAAGUUGAACAAGGUUACGUUCAUUUGAUCCAUUGCACCGACCACAAUAAAGCAAACUGUGAACGUCAAGCAGGAACGUCAAACAAUAUCAUCAUAAAUCCAGUACGAAGUGCGCGUUUGAGUACGAAAAAUUCAUUUGCGUUCAAAUAUGGACGCGUUGAGGUGGUGGCAAAAAUCCCAACGGGACAAUGGUUGUGGCCAGCCAUUCGACUGUUGCCUUCUCAAUCAAAAUACGGCGGCUGGCCAUAUGGGCCCCGUUCUGGCGAAAUCGACUUGAUUGAGUCCCGUGGAAAUGCUGAUUACGCAGAUGCGAAUGGCGUUCAUAUCGGUGUGAAGCGUAUAACUUCAACACUGCGUUUUGGUCCGAGGUCUAAUGUGGAUAAUUGGUGCACCGUGACAUUUGCUAAACAUAACAGAAAAGGCUUUGAUCGCAGUUAUCACAUUUACGAAUUCCUUUGGAACGAAGAAGGAAUUCGAUUUUUUGUAGACAGAGUUGAAAUUGGAUUUGUUCCAGUGGCUGGUGGUUUCUGGAAUCGCGGUGAUUUCCAGGGUAAUGACAUCUGGGCAUCAGGCACAAAGAUGGCGCCUUUUGAUGAAGAGUUUUAUUUAGUCAUGAAUGUCGCAGUUGGUGGAACAAACGGCUAUUUUCCCGACAACAACAAUACUAUUUAUAAGAAACCAUGGAAUAAUACAUCCUCAUCAGCGAUGAAAGAUUUUUGGACUCAUCGCGAUAGCUGGAUAUCAAAUUGGCACCUUGAAAAUGAUGACAGUUCCCUGUUAGUUGAUUCCAUCAGAGUCUGGGCUGCAUAAUCCAAUUUAUUUAGAUGACAAAAUUAAAUAUUCAAAACAAAGCAUUCAAUCAAUGGAAAAUGUCCAACAAAAAUUAUCGUGUGUAGAAUUUGUAUUAUCAAUAUCAAAAAGAAGUAACUAUAGUUGUACUAAAAAAAUAUAAAUCCAAUUUAAAUUCGAUUUCAGUUGCAUUCCAAUCAAAAGUUGAAUAUUCCAAAUGUGGAACAAAUUGAGAAUAUCACCAUUUUCUAUUAUGGUUUUGUUGUAAGUUUUGCAACACAGCCACCAUUGAAUUGUGUGUGUCGAAAAGUAGCAAUUUGGAAUCAUAAAGUUGAGAAGUAGAAACCAACGGUUCAUGUUGAAAUGAUUUUUUGUUCAUGAUGUCAUAUAUUCAUUUAAAAUGAGACUGAUUAAUUUGGAUCUGCUGCCAAUAGAUCUGGGAUUAGGGCAAAUUCAAAUGAAUGUUAUCAAUUUAUUUUAACCUAUUUAAAACGCAGCGCUUUUUGAUUUUUCUUUCAAAAUCACAUACAAAUGAUUGAAAUGAAAUUUCGAAUUGACCAACCCAAUUUACAAUGCUAAUUCAAUUGUCAAGUUGAGUUUCAGUUAGACUGAUAUGUGUCAAACCUGCAGCAGUAUGGAGUUUCUUUGAAAAUAGCACAGUUUUGUAUAGA